AUGAAUGCUAUUCCGGCUGUGUUUCCAGAAGCGGCAGCGUUGGUUUGUCGGUUCCAUGUUACGAAGAAUGUGAGGACCAAGGCAGCCGAGCUGGUUAAGGUGAGGGAUGGAGAAAAGGUCAAGGCGUCGGACAUGAGGGAAAAAGUCUGUUUGGCUUUUGCGGAUGUGUUAGAUUCGUGUACUGAGGCCGAGUAUAUUGAAAAUGUUAUGACUUUUAGGAAGUUAUGUGAGAGGUGGCCAAAAUUUGUGCGGUACGUUGAAGAGACAAUUUUGGACACCGACAAAGAGAAGGUUGUGAGUGCGUGGGUGGACAAGUAUAUGCACAUGGGCAACCAUACCACAAAUAGAGCCGAAAGCGCCCACGGCGUCUUGAAAGGUUACUUGACUGACGGUCUCGGUGAUUUGGUGAAGGGUUGGGAAUCGAUACACAGAAUGUUAGGCAAUCAAUUCACCCAAGUACAAACUGAAUUUGGCCAGAACAUGUCUGUUUAUGGACACACAUACCGGGAUCAAGCUCUUUACUCGACUUUGAUGUUUAAAGUCUCUAGAUGUGCAUUGAAAUACAUCAACACUGAAUCACAAAGAGUCGAGUUUACUGGUAUGGAUAGCAUGAAGUGUGGUUGUCUGAUGAGGACUAACUAUGGGCUGCCAUGUGCGUGUUUGAUUGCCAAGAAACUGCUACACAAUAGGCCCAUUAGUCUCGAUGAGGUGUACAAACAUUGGAAGAUAAUGUUUUUCCAAGAUGAAGAAGUUGGUGGCGACGUCGAGGACGAUUAUGCGUGCACGACAGAGUGGCAAGCAAUUCAGGUGAGUGUUUAUUAA